UAGUAGGUAUCCCAGUAUAGAUAAUUAAGAUAAAAAGUCCCUUCAAAACGCGUUUUCUAGUGAGAGAAACUCCUCCUUCUCUCUACUCUCUAGCCAACCCAGCUUCCAGCUUCCCCCCUCCUCCCCCCCCUUUCUUGCCAGAUCUAGAUCUCUCCGAUCUGGAUCUUUGGCUUGAAAGUUGGGGGAGAUAUUUUCCCUCUUCGCGAGGCUUAUCCCUACCCUUCUCGUGGUAGCUCCCUGCUGCCCCAGUGGUGGCAAGUAUGCUUUCCCUUUUGUCUUUGCUUUCCUGUCCUUCCCAGAUCCCCUUUUCCAACCAUUCCUAAUCUUUAAUUUUCAGCAUACCCAUCUCUCUUUGUCUCAAAUCUCUGAUUCAUCAUGGUUAAGAUGCACAUCCUCCUCACCCAUCGGACUCCACUUCACCGAUUGCUCCUUGGUCCAUCGGAGCUCUGUCGUCGGCGUUGUUUGGAUUGUCUGUUUUAACGGGUUUUUCCGGUCCCUGCGCGUAAACCCUUUGAAUACGGUAGUGCAACAAGGGUCUGCACGGUCUUUGGCCGUCUGUCCCUUUGAUCCCUCUACGGAUUAGUCUCCUUCUCCUUAUCUCUUUUUCUUUUUUUCUUCUGCUUUGGUUACUGUCUUUGUUUCUGAGGAUGUUUUGUAUGGUUUAGAGAUUUGGGUUAUGGAGAUCUUUCGAUGGGUUCUAUGCUGCUGUACUUGCACGGGAUUGUUUUGGUUGGACUCCAAGUCUUCGUCGGUAGAUCUGGUGACGUUUCUGUGUCACCUUUGGGCUUGGCUGGUGGCGGCGUCGUCACUACGUCAUCUCUCUCCUGUUAGAUCUGCACUGCGGCUGAAGAUUGUAGGGCUAUUUGGUUUUGUUUGUUGUUGUUUGUUGGUUUUUAUUUGGGCCCGUUUUGGGUCUUUUGUUUGUAAUAUUGUUCUUGUUUGAAUAAAAAUAUUUCCAUCACAAAAAAAAAAAAAAAAAGUAUAGAUAAUUAAGGUGGAUAUGACAUCAAAACCCUGAAAUCUUCAGCAAGCCUUCAACCUUCACUGGUAUAUCAUAAAUGGGAACGGUGAAGCUCGAGCCAGUCGCUCCUUGCCACCUGGUGGCACUGCCGUACCCAGGCCGAGGCCACAUCAACCCCAUGAUGAACCUCUGCAAGCUUCUCGCUUCUAAAAAACACGACCUCCUCAUCACCUUCGUCGUCACCGAAGAGUGGCACGGCUUCAUCGGAUCCGACCCGAAACCUGACAACAUCCGGUUCGCCACGGUGCCCAACGUCAUACCCUCCGAACUCGGCCGGGCCAAGGACUUUCCGGGAUUCUUGGAGGCCGUGAGCACCAAGCUGCAAGAGCCGUUCGAGCUACUUCUGGACCGGCUCGAGCCGGAGGUAAGCGUUAUAGUUGCGGAUCCAUUUGUGGUUUGGGCCGUGAGGGUUGGGAAUAAGAGGAAUAUUCCGGUGGCUUCGCUUUGGCCGAUGUCGGCGUCUGUGUUCUCGACGUUUCAUUACUUCGAGCUGCUCAAAGAAAAUGGCCACUUCCCUGCUGAUGUGUCAGUCCAUGGAGAUGAAGUAAUAAAUUACAUCCCCGGAAUCUCCACCACCCGCAUGGCAGAUCUUCCCACUGUAUUGUACGACGACGUUCAACAAGUCCUCAACAGAGCCCUUGAAGCUGUUUCCAGCACAUACAAAGCACAAUACCUCUUAUCAACUUCAUUCUACGAGCUUGAGCCCCAUGCCUUUGACACACUGAGAGCCAAACUGUCUUUGCCUGUCUACCCUAUUGGCCCAAGCAUCCCACACUUCGAGCUUUCAGAAACUGCUCAUGACAAUGAACUAAACUACCUGCACUGGCUAGACUCUCAACCUAAAAGUUCUGUCAUGUACAUUUCACUUGGGAGUUUCUUGUCUGUUUCAGAUGCCCAAAUGGACGAAAUCAUUGCCGGGGUGAAGAACAGCGGUGUUAGAUUCUUGUGGGUGGUGCGUGGGGAUGCAUCUAAGCUUAAAGAUGGUGUUGGUGACAUGGGCUUGGUGGUGCCUUGGUGUGACCAAUUAAGGGUGUUGUGUCACUCUUCCAUUGGAGGGUUUUGGUCGCAUUGUGGUUGGAACUCAACUCAAGAAGCUGUUUAUGCGGGUCUUCCGGUUCUUACUUGCCCUAUAUUUUGGGACCAAAUCCCAAAUGGGAAGCAAAUUGUGGAGGAUUGGAAGAUUGGGUAUAGGGUGAAGAAGAAGAAAGUUAGAGGUGGAGACUUGGUGACCAGAGAGGAGAUUGCAGAGCUUGUGCAGAGGUUUAUGGACGUCGAAAGCAAUGAGGGGAAGGAGAUGAGGAAAAGAGCAAAACAACUUCAAGAGACUUGUCAAGGAGCAAUUGCAAAGGGUGGUUCUUCUGACUCCAACCUGGAUGCUUUUAUUAAGGAUAUUUCACAAGGUUAUAGCCCUUAAUUAAGCUCCUGAUUGUUGUAUUUCUUUCGUACUGCUAGUUCCAUGUUUUCCGGCCAUAAGGUUCAGUCUUCGUUUGGACUACCUUGGUGGUGUUCUAAAUUGUCUUCAUCCCUUCCUCAAUAGUAAUGUUAAAAUGUGGAGAAAGUAUUGUCUCCAUUGUUAAGAAGAUAUGGAAUAAUUAAGGUGUACCCGGCCAAAGAUGUAUUUCUCAA